CAAAUCAUACCUCCCUGAUGGAUAUGCCCCAGGGCGAAAAGGAAGUGCAGAUGACUAUUUAUCCUUCCUGGUGCUAGGUGUUCUGCAGAAGCUGUGGUACACCUCGGCUCAGAGUGACAGAGUGCCUACCAUGGAUCCUUCAUUCCUGCUGGCCUUUCCUUUGCUCCUGGCCCUGUCAACACCUUGCAAUGCUUGUAAUUGUAAAAUUGAGCACCCUCAGACAUAUUACUGCACAUCGGAUAUCGUCAUAUUAGCUGAUAUACUGGGACCAGGAAACAACACCAUCACAAGACAAGGUUUCAGAGUCAAUGUCAUUAAGGUACUCAAGGCUCCCCGGAGCACCCCAAGAAUCCAUGAUAUCUACUCACCCAUCAGUUGGAAGGACUGUGGUUAUAAGCUGAGGACCACUCAACAGUCACUAUUACUUAUCGCAGGCUAUUUGAGGGGAGGGACGUUGCGCUUCACAAGAUGCCAUCUGGUCUACUUCUGGUACCGGCUCACCAGAGAGCAGAAGCGAGGUUUCGAGGGAGCGUACAGAACAGGAUGCAAAUGUGCAGAUGGGUGGCCAUAUAAACAGGAGGUGGGCAGUCCUGGAUCUCCCUCCACCCCUAGAUUCAGCCCUGCCUCCUCUGCUGGCAUGACUGCCCUCAACCUGACCUAGGAGAGUGUGUGUGGAAACAGAAGGACUGUAACUACAAAAUAUGGGAAGGAAACCUUUCCUUGUACUCCAUGUGUGUCCCCACUGACACCGGGGUCUGCAAAUGGACCCAUAUCCAGAAGGAUUAUCAAUACCAAGCCUCAACCCCAGCGACUUCUCUAUUCACUAGGACCUAAGUGAUCUAUUACAGUUUUAAUGUUGUUUUCUGACCUGGCUGAUGUUAACAGAAUGGAGUUCAUUUGAAUUGUGCCUCCUUUGAAUUGUACACUUCAGUUGUGUUUAUUUUCUGUGAGUAGUGCGUGCAUCAAUAAAAUUUACAAAAAAUAAAUCCCAAGUUGAUAAACCCCA